CAAAUCCAAUAAACGGACAGCACCAUCCCGGCAGGGCAUAGCAACGGUCGCUGAAGCGAAGCGGGAAAUGGCAGUUCCCAUUAUCAGGCCUUGUUCCAUUUCUCUCUCACACAGAUUAUUCAGUCAAUGGCCGAAGAAGAGGAAUUGGGUUUCUUGUUGUGCUCCAUCGGAAUCAACUCCUGCUCGGUCAGAAGUACAGAGGUCAGAGGUGUCAUUUUGUAUUGGAACUCACCUCAUUCCACACCCUAAAAAGGUUGACAAAGGUGGGGAGGAUGCAUUCUUCGUGAGCAGCUAUAAUGGGGGAGUUAUUGCUGUUGCCGAUGGUGUAUCUGGGUGGGCGGAGCAGAAUGUGGACCCUUCAUUGUUCUCUCGGGAACUAAUGGCUCAUGCUUCAGAUUUUGUUGGGGAUGAAGAGGUUAAUUAUGACCCCCAAAUUCUAAUGAGGAAAGCUCAUGCUGUGACAUCUUCAAGAGGUUCAGCUACUGUCAUUGUUGCCAUGCUAGAGAGGAAUGGGACUCUGAAGAUUGCCAAUGUCGGAGAUUGUGGACUACGUGUUAUUCGGAAAGGCCAAAUAAUCUUUUCCACAUUCCCACAAGAGCAUUAUUUUGAUUGCCCAUACCAGUUGAGCUCAGAGGUGGUUGGCCAAACAUACAUAGAUGCCACGAUGAGCAGUGUGCAGUUAACAGAGGGAGACAUCAUUGUGAUGGGCUCAGAUGGGCUUUUUGACAAUAUUUUCAACAGUGAAAUUAUAUCUACUGUAUCCAAAUACAGUGAGGUUGCUGAAGCUGCAAAGGCAUUAGCUAGUUUGGCUCACAAUCAUUCUACGGAUUCCAGCUUUGAUUCCCCUUAUUCCUUGGAGGCCAGAACCAGGGGUUAUGAUGUCCCUUGGUGGAAGAAAAUUGCCGGGAUUAAGUUGACAGGUGGUAAGCUUGAUGAUAUCACAGUGAUUGUUGGUCAGGUAGUAAGCGGAUGAAACCUCCUACGUCUGCGAGAUUGUCUUCCUGUGUCUUACCAUUGAAGCUCAAGGAUCCUUGGCAGUUUGCAGACUUGGGAGACAGACUGUUCUUUUUUGAUGAAUUCUUGUUGUAUACUGGAAUUUUCCUUCACAAUUGCAUAAAUAUAAACUAUUGCAAAACAAUUAUCAGAGAUCCUGGGUAUUUUUCCAUUGCGGGUGAAAUGGUAUGAAAUAUUGGGAAGAA